CCACCACAGGCUACUGGGUCCCCGGGCGGCGCUCGUUCGCUCCCUCCUCGGCUCCGGGAUGAUUGGCCAGAAGACCCUGUACUCCUUCUUCUCCCCGAGCCCCGCCAGGAAGCGAAGUGUCCGCAGCCCGGAGCCGGCCGACCUGGGGACCGGCGUGGUAGCUGUAGCUGAGGAGAACGGCGAUGCAGCGGACCAUCCCACCAAGAAGGCCCGGGUCGGGCAGGAGGAGCCCGACACGCCGCCCUCCUCGCCGCUGAGCCAGGAGCAGCUGGUCCGCAUCCAGAGAAACAAGGCCGCGGCGCUGCUCAGACUCGCGGCCCGCAACGUGCCCGUGGGCUUCGGCGAGAGCUGGAGGAAGCCCCUGGGCGCCGAGUUCGGGAAGCCGUAUUUCAUCAAGCUAAUGGGAUUCGUUGCAGAAGAAAGAAAACGUUACACUGUUUACCCGCCUCCACAACAAGUCUUCACAUGGACCCAAACAUGUGACAUAAAAGAUGUGAAGGUUGUCAUCCUGGGACAAGAUCCUUAUCAUGGACCCAAUCAAGCUCAUGGGCUCUGCUUUAGCGUCCAAAGACCUGUUCCACCUCCGCCCAGUUUGGAAAACAUUUAUAAAGAGCUGUCCACAGACAUAGAUGGUUUUGUUCAUCCUGGCCAUGGAGAUCUAUCAGGAUGGGCCAAACAAGGUGUCCUCCUGCUCAACGCCGUGCUCACUGUCCGGGCCCAUCAAGCCAAUUCCCACAAGGAGAGGGGUUGGGAGGAGUUCACCGACGCAGUCGUGUCCUGGCUGAAUCAGAACUUGAACGGCCUUGUCUUCCUGCUCUGGGGCUCAUACGCGCAGAAGAAGGGGAGUGCCAUCGACAGGAAGCGGCACCAUGUACUGCAGACUGCUCAUCCCUCCCCGCUGUCCGUUUAUAGAGGGUUCUUUGGGUGUAGACAUUUUUCUAAAGCUAAUGAGCUGCUGCAGAAAUCCGGCAAGAAACCCAUCGACUGGAAGGAGCUGUGACCUUGCACUGAGAGGGGGUCUCUUCUUCUCUGGGGGUGGUUUUUGAGAAGCUGCUGUUGAAGUAUUCGUCAAUUGUGAAGUCAUUGAAAAUUUCCUUAUUCUUAAGUGCCUUGCCUAAGAGGAGAGAGCUUCCAUUCAACAGCAGAGAGCCAGGCUGCCCAGCCAGGGACAGCAGAGAUACAGCACUGUGACCAUUUCUGUAUUCGAACCCUCCUGGCACAGUAAGAUGAGGCCCAAGGACGGCAAAGGUGGCUCUGCCUGAAAUAAGCACACUUCUCUCAAGACCAGUGAGGUCAGGUUCUGGGUCCUGUCCAGCCUCUUACCUCUUUGGUUCAAAAUGGGAGAGAUACACCUUUUGGGGGCGGCUGUGUUUGGUCUUGCUGCUAGCAUUUUUAGCUGAUAGGUUAGACUUUAGGUUACAAGGUAUUUGGUGGCUUGGCUUAGAAAAGCCCCUUAAAUCUUUAGGAGAAUCUUCAGGCCAUUUCCUAGAAGAAUCUGGAGGACCUUUUGCAAGCCUCUAGGAAUCUGUCCCAAAAGCUAAGGAUCAGAGUUUCCUGAUUAUAGUAAAGGCAAGGAUCCCUGAGGAUCACACCCUCGGUGUGAGCCUCAGACUGGAUGAAGAAGCCUUGGGCUCUGUUUUUGUUGCAUGGAAUGAAGGUGAAGUUGAACAGAGAAGAAGGUUCUGUUUUGUUUUCAUGCUGGGUGGGGGGUCAUCAGUUGAGGUGUUUUAAGGAGGGACAGAUUGCCAGAUUCUAUUUUUAUGGACUUGGAUUUUUUUUUUUUUUUUUUUUGCAUCACUGGAGAUUUUUACAUUUUUGUAAGAUACUCAGAUACAUUUUUUUUUUUUUUUAAAGACAGUGGUUUUUGCUGUUAGCUGGGUUAAAGAGUUGACCCUUACAAAUUUGGUAAUAAAAGAUCUAACCCAUUGAA